AUGGAGGAAGGAGAAGUCGACUUGCGCGCGCUCGACUAUGUGUCGGCUUACGACAGCAAUCUGAUGUGUCCAAUCUGCCGGAGCGCCUUUGUCGACCCGGUUGUUGUAGCCGACUGCGACCACCAUUUCUGCCACGACUGCCUCGACUACACAACCAGCUGGAACCAAUACUCGGGCACCUGCCCAGCUUGCCGUCGCCCUGGACGAUUGAUCGGUUCUGGUUCAGCUUCCAAGCUUUUGCUCAACAUCCUGGAUGAUCUCGUUGUCAAGUGCCCAAAUCAGCCCGAGGGAUGUGACAAACAAGUCAAGAGAGGCCAUCUGCUCGACCACGUCAACAUUUACUGCGACUACACCUUGAUCGACUGUCCAGACGAUGAAUGCGACCGCAAGGUACAGCGAAAAGAUGGCGCGCAUUGCGUGCACCAGCCUGUGUCCUGCCUCGCUUGUCGCCAUUCCAUGACCGUCCAGGACCUCCACUCACACUGGAAAACUGUCUGUGCCGACCAUGACAUCCCGUGUCCAUCCUGCGCCGCCUCGAUACCCUACCGCUACCAGCAGACCCACCUCGCCCAUCACUGCCCCGAGGCCAAUGCUGCCUGCCCCGCUCGACAAUUCGGUUGUCCCUUCAACACCAAGCGCAAGCACCUGCCGAGUCAUGCUAUCAUGUGUUCACUUGCGAAACUCGCUCCAUAUCUCUCCGCUCAGCAACAGCGCCAGGACGAACAAGACCAAGCUCGCCAACUGCUUGAGAAGAAGCUUCAAAGCCUACAGAAAGACUUGUCCGAGUACAGGAAUAUGUCACAGCCGGACAGGAGAGUCUCUGUGCCACGGGAAGAGCCCUCGUACUUUCCCAACAACAUCGCAGGCUUUGAGCUGCCAGACUUUCAAGACUUUCAACCUCACGCCUCUCCAACUCAGCAUCUCCUCUCUCUGCAUGAGAAUCUGCGUGAAGAAGUCUCGCGCCAAGCCAACACAAUCCAUGAGGUCGACACCAGGCUGAGCAUGAUGCUGCUGAAUGAGAAUAUGCGCCUCAAGGACGAACUGGCCUACCAGGGCGCCCAGCUCAGCGCUCUGAUGCGACAGGUCGGCUGGUUGACAAACGCCCGCCUGCAGGCCAUUCAACCGACUUCUGUCUCGGUCGUAAACCAGGCAGACCAAGGUCCCAGCGAUCCCUCAAGGAUCAACCCGCGCAUGCCAGUCAGACGCACAACCGAUGAGGGAAGGACUAAGCUGUAA